UCUGGAAAUCUUUUCUCGGGCAAACUGGCCCAGACCCCCGGAGACUCUUGUUGCUAUGGUGAUCGCCUGUGCUGGCUGUGAGCGGAACUCUUUCCAACAUCAGCUCCGCCCAGACCCCACCCCCGACGUCCGGGAUUCGUCGCACGCUCGCAGGUCCCGCGUGGCCGGUGUUGCUGUGGUGAUCACUGCGGCGCGCGCCCUGGGACCAGGCUACGCCGAUCUCCGAACCUUCGCAGAAGCUGUAGUCCACAGGACUCUGGAGGAAUGAGGUCUUCUCUGAUGCCUUUGGGGCCCCCUGUGAGCCGGGACCGUAUCAUCACCAACUUUCCUAAGUGGUACACACCUGAUGCUUGCCUACAGCUCAAGGAGCACUUCCACGGGCAGGUCAGCGCAGCCUGCCAGCGCAGGAACACAGGGACUGUUGGGCUCAAACUCUCGAAGGUGGUCGUUGUUGGUGAUCUCUAUGUGGGAAAGACCAGCCUCAUCCACAGAUUUUGCAAGAAUGUUUUUGACCGAGACUACAAGGCUACCAUUGGAGUAGACUUUGAAAUUGAACGUUUUGAGAUCGCUGGGAUUCCCUAUAGCCUUCAGAUCUGGGACACAGCCGGACAGGAGAAGUUUAAGUGCAUUGCAUCUGCCUACUACCGUGGUGCCCAGGUGAUCAUCACAGCCUUUGACCUCACUGAUGUACAGACUCUGGAGCAUACCAGGCAGUGGCUGGAGGAUGCACUAAGGGAGAAUGAGGCAGGUUCCUGCUUCAUCUUUCUCGUGGGAACCAAGAAGGACCUUCUGUCAGGGGCAGCAUGUGAGCAGACUGAAUUGGAGGCUGUACACCUAGCCAAUGAGAUGCAGGCUGAGUACUGGUCAGUGUCAUCCAAGACUGGCUCCUCUACCCAAAUACAUUGGGGGUCAGCUGGGGUCACAUCGCUGUCUUGUGGGCCCCCAGGAGAGAACGUGAAGGCAUUCUUCAGCCGUGUUGCUGCCCUGGCAUUCGAGCAGUCAGUACUACAGGAUCUGGAGAAGAGAAACAGCACCCGGCCCCAGGUUGGAGAUGGAGACCUCAUCCGAAUAGAGGGGAGUUCACCUGAGACCCAAGAGAACAAGAGGCCCUCCAGCCUGAGCUGCUGUUAGCUUGGGCCAGCAUCAGAGGCCUCCAUUUCUUGUGUUCAUGGGCAGCAGCUCCUGUGACUGAAGAGGUGAUACAGAGCCUGAACUCUGCAAUAUGUCUCCCCUCAAGUUGUAAAGGACCUGCAUUCCCAAGGAUCAGCCUUCUCUGGCAGAUUAGGAGCCACUGACUGCCAGGGCACCCCACACUGCCCACCAAGGGACAUCACACUGUCUGGCUGUAGGUAAUUUAGUGAUCCCUUAAAAGGCCAGUCCCAACUGCAGGGUCAUCAGAAUAUUACCCAUGACCUUGAGAAGCCUCAGGACUACAAACUCAGGACAUUCCUACACUGGCUUACAUCCUUUACCCAUGGCCCACAUCAACAGUCAACCCUGGCACUCUUUCCAAAGAUCCCAGAUGUGGCUUCAUAAUCCUCUCAUUACAAUGUUCCAGGCAACCAGAAUUCACCAAGGCAAAAACAUACUUGCCAUCCCACCAGAGAAUUUUCUGUCAUCAACGGGACAUGAAGUUCGGGGUCUUGGAGCUCCAGGCCUCACUGUGCACUGUUCCUCUGCCAGACUUCCAGGUUCCUUGGGCAACCCUGCUCCUCUCAAAGGCAAUGGACAAGAAAAUCUCUCAGGUUCCUCCCUAGUACCUCUGAGAUCCCCAUGGUCCUGCCCUCCAGGUCAUUGGGCAACAGUGGACAGAACAAGCUGCUCAUACUUCUGGCCCAUCUAGAGGAUGAAUUUUCCUUACCGUGCUGCAAGAUGAAUGACUGUGUGGCCACCCCUUGGAUAACUCACUCCACAUCCCCUGAACUUUACACUGCCCUGCCCUGGCACUCAUGGUGCCCACUGUUGCCUUCCUACCUCUCUCUCCUAUUGGCCUGUAUGUAUGCAGGACUUUUGUAAUUUGUCCACUCAUCUAUAGAGGACUUAAGAGGC